CUUGCUCACCACGUACAGGCGACAAGCAAGGAAGAUGACUGGACUGGGACCAAUGAUGCCGCAGCACGCAGGCGGGCACAGACUAGACUCAACACAAGGGCAUACCGAAAACGCAAAGCCUCGGCAAAGAAAGCCGAAGCAUCCAGUGCCACAACCGCGACACUGAUCAGGUCAGAAGCGCUGGUUGAAUGCUGGGACAUUAAGCAGCAAUCGGUCUCCAUCGUCCCAAAAUCCCGUAUGAAGCAACUGUACAAUGCGAGAAAUCCCUUACUGCCACGUAAACCUAAAAAGGAGCAGUUCAAUAUGGUUUUCCCCCUUUGUCCAGACCACCUCAUCACACUCCUCCAAUUCAACGCCCUCCGCGCCUUGGCCGUUAACCGCACUCUGAUAUCGGGUAUACUCGUCACGCCGCUCGACUGUGGUGAGGAAGUUAUCCACGUUAUCCCCUACCCCACCAAGCCCGAACUGCUCCCUCCAACACUCCUGCCCACCACCCUUCAACAAACAGUGCCGCACGGCGAUUGGAUUGACAUUUUUCCGUGUCCCGUGGCACGAGACCGCCUGAUCCGGGCCGCCGGCACCUUCGACGAAGACGAUUUGUGGGUCGACUGCAUCGGCGGACUGUACGAGGGCUUUCCCGACGACGAGGUCGAGCGACGCGGCAUCGUUGCGUGGUCGCCACCCUGGGAUAUUACCGGGUGGGAGAUGUCGGAAGGGUGUCUGAGGAAAUGGGGGUGGUUAUUUGGAGGGUUGCCGGGGGCGUUAGAGGCGACGAAUCGGUGGCGGGUGAAGAGAGGAGAGAAGCCGUUCAUUCAUGAUGACUGCACGUCGCAUUAA